AAGUAAAUCUUUAUGUGAGUUAUCAUUUCUUUGUGGGAAAAGCCCAACUAGUUUUUCAUAUCAUUUCAAAGGAGUUCUUUGGGAGUAAAUUGCAUGUUUGCAAAUUGGUCGACUUUGUUAUAAUUGCAGUUACUAUUGAGAAAAGACACUAAACAUAGUACAAUAUAUUUGCAUUGUACGAGAAUUGAGUUGUUUGUCUUUUUUUAUUCGCAAGGACUUGUUUAGCACUUUAUAUCAGAAACUGGACAUGAUAGACUAAAUUGAAUUUCUGUCUAAUUGUUAAACCCGUAUUGCUAAAUAUUUAGGUUUUUUCUUGCAUUAAUCUUGGUUCUGGGACAGCACCAGACUAAUUACUGUAUUGUCCUCUUCUGGCCAGUAUUGAGGGCUGGGAUAAGUAUAAGUGAUGGAAUUUUUAGAAAGCCUGCAUGACACACUUUUCCAUAUCACAUAUUAGGCAGAAGAAGAAAUUAAUCUAUGGCAAGGUAGAAUGGGGGUAACAAUACUUAAAAGCAAAGGUCCCUUUUUCAUAUAUGAAUUUUUUUACUAUAAUAUGAUUAAGCUCAACCCUUGUGUUUAGGAAUAGCAGUUUAGGAUUAGGACCUCCAUGGAAAAGUUUGAAUAGAAAUCAGAUACAUUGUCAUGAUGAGGUUUUAAGAUGGUCAGUGUUAAGGAUAUCAAGCAUUGACCUGUCUUAGACACUGUCAAACACCCUCUUGAAACUCUUUUUAAAGUGAUUAAAGUUUGGAUUGGACAUGGUUAAGAUUUUGUUCAUUGGCCUUCCGCAUAGUUUUCAAUUAAAAAAUGUAUGUUAGUGUUGUUGUGAUGGGCAACGGUAAAAAUUGCAUUAUGAUCGUAAUUAAUGGUAUGCCUUAGGCACUGGGGGUUUUGAAUUCUUUAAGGUGUGGGAAAUGAAAAUUUGAUGCUGCUUUUGCAUAGGGUCUUGAAUAAGGCUGAUACUGUAUACAUGAUAUCAAAAUAUUCUAUAGUCCCAUCACCAAAACCUUUAAAAAAUCUUUUAGAGCAACUUUUUGCUGUUACCUUGCAAAAGACUAUCCUAUCGAAAUUAUUCGAAGCCAUAGUGAAUUUACAGGAAAUUAACAGCCAUGGAAACGUUUCUGUGAUGUUUUAUGGUGAAAGCUAUGCACCCGACUGCAAAUGACUUGCAAUCGUUUUUUAUAACUUCUUGAUUAACGUUUUGGCAAGUUUUACUCGAUGAAUUUUGUCAAAUAAAUCAAAUGUCUCUUAAAAAUUCACAUCUUUGCAAACGCCUCUAGGAUCGUUUUUUGGCAUUACAUUUUAGGAACGAGACCAAGAUUUAUCUAAAUUAAGCGAGUAAUGUAUUUUCAGCUAUUAAAACUUUUGUUACUUUACUCUCGGUCCUAAAUCGUAAUGCUUUUAUGAAGAAAAGUUCACGAUGGAUGCUUAUGCCCUAUCUGGGUUUUUAAACUUCUUGUUCAUGAGAACUGAGCGUAUGAUCAGGAUUUAUGACACACUGAUGUGACGUAUCCCUGCAAAUGCUAGCGCUCUUUUAACUGCCCACCUAAAUUAUUUCACAACGACCAGUUAGCUUCUGACGUCAACGAGGCUCUAUUUUGAGCUUUCGCGAAAAUCCAAUAUUAACGUUUAAGACUGAAAGUAGACAAAAAAGCAAACUUAGCUGUCUUUUGUCCUUGUUUUAAGUGUUUUUUAUGAAGCAGGUGGAUCUUGACAUCUGUAAAUUCGAUCCCGAAGAGUAAUGUAGAAGUAACGCGCAAAAACAUUUAAUAGAAGUGGUGAUCAGUCCGUAUUAGGCCAAGAAUACAUCGUUUUUAUGACCCAAUAAUUGAUGUCGGACAAUUUCAGGCAGUAGGUUUUUUCCCAAGGUUUCUUUGUGACGAAGUUGUCAAAUUCUCGGUGUAAUGAGAGAGAAACAUUCUGAUAUUCUUUACAUCUGAUCUUGUUGAUAAAAUGAGAUAUAUUUUGCUUGCAACUGUCUUUUGAUAUAGAGUCAAGGGUUAUCAAAGACUUUUUGGUAUAGUUAAGAGUCUAUUUGCCCCGUUUGAGUUUAGUGUUCUUAAGCUCAACAAAGCAGUGGAUUAUUACGUCAUCAAUCCGCGGUUAAAAUGUUUUCAUGUGAAAUUACUAUAAAAAACUGAAUAAUAGAUUCAACAUUUUAUUUAAAAAAAAUAAAACUAUUAAUAAAACGGGUUUUCAAAUUUCCAUUCGCAUAAACCACAUAUGACGAUAUUUCUUCCAUAUUUCGUCGUAUGAAAUAAUUUUAAGCCAUUUUCUGUAACCUCUGUACUAGUUUUUCCGGACGAAGCUGCUGAAUGGGGCCUCUGUUUCCAUUUCCGUCGACAACGCUUAACGUAUAUUUCAACGAAAUUUCUUGCAGCGAGUUCUUUCUUUAGUAAUUUUUCCAGUAGCCAAGUGUUCUGUUUAAAUGCCUGAAUCAUUUGAUUUUAAUCACAAGUUACCAGUGAUAAAUGGGAGUUCGAAGGCUUUUCAGUGGGAAAAUUUGCGAGACAACACGCUAAAAUGCGGGAAAACAACUCUGUUGGAGACAUAUUGGUCUCUGGCAGGCUGUGCUGACAAUUAAUUACCUUGAGUUUUCUGAUUUAACAGCUAAACUUGUUUUACUUUGCUGCAACUAAGCUUACCAAGUAAAAAAAACUUUCAACAUGCGAAUAGCCUCUUAGCCAAAAACUGAGGUUAGUAUAGCCCCUCGAUGCCCAGUAAUUAGGCAAUUUUUUUGUAUCGAACAAACAUUUGGCAAUUUUGAGACCUAGCCGUGUUUUUUCUUCUUAUUUUCGUUAAAAUCAUAGAUUUCAAACGAAAAGGAAACUCUUUUUCAGAAAAAAUAUGAAAUUUUCCAACAUUGAAACAAAUAAAAUCGAGUAGAACGUACCAUUCUCUAGCUGAAAGGCACAGUGUAUGUUGGUGCAAAGCGAUUGCAAUGUUUUGUUUCAAUUCGUCCAAAAUUUUUUUUUCAGGUAUUCAGAAAAUACCCCAUUAACGCUAUUUCUAUGUAGCCACGCUGCCAGUAUUGCCAAAAAAGAAUUGUAAUUUCACGACUGAACUGCAAUUAAUGGGUAACUCCUUGAAUCAUAUUGUGGACAGACGAUAAUCAGAAAGGAAAAAAGACACAAUUCCUAGUUUCUACACGCAAACGUUCUGCAUUUUUGUGAAGGAAUUGGAAUAUUCGUAGAUGAAAGUUCGGUUCUACAACCAGAGCCCCGUACUUUUCUCUACUUUUCUCUACUUUUCUCUACUUUUCUCUACCAAGGAUCGCAAUUUGAUCUUUUUAAAGCAAGGUCUACUUGCUUCUUGAUAUAUUUUUGAAAUUUAUGGUUGGUGCAAAUGGUAGUAUACUUUCGUGUUUGACAGUUGUAUAAUUUUUUUCUCGUCAUUUUUUCUCGUCAUGAAAGACGUUUACAAAAACCAUUGGGCAAAUCCUGGUCCCUAUAUUUGUUGAUCAUUUUCUUGAUAGCUUUUUCGAAAUUUGAAAGAAGGUCAGAUAGAUGAAAAAGAAGGUGCAUCCUUACCACAUUAUGAGACUCGAUAAACGUUUAAUUGACUUAAUCGAUGAAAGUAGAUACUGCUAAACGUUUUGCAGACAAACAAGCUGAAGAUUGAAAUGCGGUUGCAAUAUUGAGAUUCAGAAGUAGCUGCGCACAGAAAUGAAAGCAUUGAAACCUUCUUUUAUUCGGUGCUUCUUCAAGUCUAUUUUGUUUAUGUGACAAAGCGUUUUAUUUUUGUCUGAAGAUGGCCUAAAGCUAUCGAGAAAGGUCUGAACAAGGCAUUUUUACUGUACCCUUGAUUAUCGGCAAUGAAAAAAUUAUAAGCAGAAGUUGAAUUAUGAUUUUAAAACAGCUAUUUUCUGAAUUUAGUGGCUAACCAGGAUAAAUAACGUUAUGCCGUCUGAAAUCGCACAUGCAAAUACUUCUGUAACGCCUAAAGCAAUAUGCGAGAAGUGAUGUACAAAUUUUGUUUGCGCUAACAAGGUCUAUGUAUGCUUUACCUGCUUUCUUUGUCUUUUGACGUGAAGAGAAGGGCUUAAACAUGAAAUUAUUAGCAAACAAUUGCCCUGCCAUUGUUGCUAGUACACCUGCUUGCUGUUCCAGGCGCACCCCCCGGAUAUCGAUCUUAAAUGCUGAUCACGCCAAAAGACUGACAACUUUUCGAGCAUGUUCGAUCAUCGGGCAAUAGGCCAGGGCAGAUUUUCUUAGCUUCACUCACGUUGCAAUUGAACUUUAAUGCAAGGAAAAUUCAGCGAUGAAGGUAUCUUGUUGCUAGCCCGAAGCAGCAAAAAGGCUUUGCAUUUGGCGAGAAAUGGAUUCUCUGGAAACUCAAUGUUACUGAACUUUGGGAAUCAGAGAGGGCAGCUGAUUUGAAAAUGAGAACAAUUCGAUUGCAUUUUUAAAUUUGCUUGUGAGUGCUGAUGAUAAAAUUAAGACCUAGAUGAAAAGAUUUUGAAAUGCCUUCAAGUCAAGUCAAACUGAACGAGCAGCAGUUAAUAUACUUGGCUGAAAAAGCAAAAAAUAACGCUGCAAAGUCUGGAAACCUCUGGGUAAAACUAGCCGAUGCAAGCACAACGAAAUGGAAUCUCCGAUAUUUUGUUUUGCACAUGAACUUUCUUUUCGAAUUCCACAAUCAGGAUUCACCCAAGCCAAGCAACACAUUUUUGUUGGAGCAAUGCCAGUUCGAGAGGACGGGCAUGAAGAACAUCCAUGAUGUUGAGCAUCAGUUUUGCUUCUGUAUCCUCGUUCCUGGAGUUACCUCGUGUCAAAAAAUAACGCUUAGAGCAGAGAACGAAAAUGACUGCACCGUGUGGUACCAAAAAAUUACACAGUCCAGCUAUGCGUUGCUGCAAACGAAAAAAGAAGAUUUUGAGCACAAAUACUCGCAUGUGGUUCAAAUAUUGGAAAGUGAAAGAGCCGGUGCCUGGCAACUGCUUCAGCAAUGCCAAGAUCAGGCACACCAGCUGAAAGACCUCAGGCAAGAGAUCGCGGGGUUCAGAAAACGAGAGAUUCAAGUAAACGUGGCAGUUAAAGAAACAGAUGACAAUGAAACUGAAGAAAUUAAAAAAGUAAAAAAGGUUCAAAGCAUUUUCCGUGGCCUCCUAUGUAGGCGACGGUGGCACAACAUUGUUCAAGACUACAUACGAUCUCCCCAUGCACAGAGCAUGCGCAAGCGCAACCAGAUAGUCUUUGAGCUCGUGCGAUCAGAGGAGGAAUACCUGCAAACUCUUUCAACUCUCGUGACGUCAUUUUUUCGACCACUAAAGAUGGCUGCCAGUUCGAAAAAGCCACCGUUAUCGCACGAAGAAGUCAAUUCGAUAUUUCUAAACAGUGAAACAUUGAUGUUUUUACAUCAAAUCUUCUUUAACGGACUUCAAACUCGAAUGGAGAGCUGGCCAACAUUGGUUUUAGGUGAUUUAUUUGACAUGCUAUUGCCAAUGCUGAGUAUUUACCAGGAAUAUGUCAGGAAUCACCACUACAGUUUGCAGACCUUGGCUGACUGCAAGCAAAGAGAUGCAUUUAGGAGGGUGCUGAAAGUUCACGAGGAGAGACCCCCAUGCGUAGGCCGAACAUUGGAAAAUUUCCUCACCAUUCCAAUGUACAGAAUCCCAAACUAUAUCAUAACCCUUCAUCAAUUAGUUUCACUGACACCACCAGAUCAUGUCGAAAGAAAAUCUUUGGAGCAUGCUCAGAGUGUUCUUGAAGAACUUUCAACGGUUAUGCAAGAUGAAGUCAGUGAAACGGAAAACAUCAGGCGCAACCUGUCAAUUGAAAGGCAAUUCGCUGAAGGCUGCGAGGAGCUUCUGGAUGUUGACCAGAUUUUUAUUCGUCAAGGCCCACUCCUGCAAGUUGGAGGCAACGAGUUUCAAGCCAACAGGCGUAAAUCUUUUUCUACGCUGUCGCUUAAAUCGCAUGAUCGCAAAGACAGCAUCAGGCAGUGCUUUCUGUUCUCGAAAUGCCUUCUGGUUACAAGCAGGGCCUCAAAUGGCAAGUUACAAAUUGUGCCAAACGGCAAAACUGACCUACAGAACACAACUCUAGUAGAGGAUGUUGUCGAUGAAGACAUCGACUUUGUCAGCCUGCCUAGUGCAUCCGAAGGUGGAAAUCUGGUCUUUAAACUCGUUGUCAAUCACCCAGACGAUAGUCAGUCUUUAAAACUUAUGUUCUUGGCUGCUUCUUCUGAAGACAAAGCGUCGUGGGCAAGUGAUAUCAGCCAGUGUAUUGAAAAUUUAAAGUCUCCUGAAACCGAGCAUGCAGUUUCCAUUACAUCGAGACAAAGUCUUCUGAGUAUCAGAUCUGAUGCAAGGCUUUUUACAAAUGAUCAAGACAUUAAAUACAGCAAGGCUCUCGACUCAUCCAGGCUGCCUCGUAUCCAGUACGGUAGUGUCGAACGACUGUUAGAACGGCUGAUAGAUGUCAGAUUCCUCAGUGUGGAGUUCCUCAAUACAUAUCUUACGACGUACCGCGUCUUCUCCGACGCCAUCGUUCUAUUUGAUACGCUUCUCCAAUGGUAUUACACCAAAGCCCAGUUUGAGUAUCCAAAGGCUGAUCUGCAGCAGGAGCUACCCACGAAGCCCACUGAGUUUUCACCUAAAGUUGCAUCUCAUAGAAACAGUUGCCCCAGUGCGGUAAGUAGCUCCUUCCAUUACGACAUGAGAAGCCGUCGCCUCCGUACCCACCGACAUAGUGCCAUUCCUUUCACUCGUGAUCUGAAAUCGCCUACGACUCUUUACCCCCCUACGGUCUUGUCAAACAGACGGCAUUCCUCCCCAUCCGCGCUGUACGAAGAAGCAGCCUUUACAUUCCCUGUUCGGACUUCGCCACAGACCUACCGAUACGACUUAUCAGGUUCGCCGGGUGAGAAGCAUCGAAUUAGAAGUACGUCUGGUCCGUCAUUGUCGGAGUCGGAUAGUUGUCAAGAGACUUAUAACGAAAGUAUUGAAGUGUCCGGUAACGAUAAAGGCAGUAAAGACUCGGUUUCUCUUGCAAACAAAGGGUCGGGAGGUGAUUUGAAAAAUGCCGACCUCGAGCCAAUAAAUGAGCCAGGAUGUCCAACAUCAGCUUUCACAAGAAUACAGGAAGCUGAUUCGGAGAGGGUGCCGGUGCUAAAGCUGGACUCUCCCCCCAAAAUGAAAAAACGUGAUUCUAAAAGACGAGGCUCUUCUUGUGAAAUCUACACUAACACUUGCACAACAGGCGAAAGAACGGAUUCGUCGGCACUGACAGUGUCUGAAAGCCCUUCGAUUGAUAGGCAGUACAGAGACUCUGAUACCAUAAUAAGUACUGUAGGGGUGACUGUCACGCCAGCAACCAGUCCGAUCUCUAAUUCGCCACCUGAAGGUUUCAAGGGGUUUUGGAGAGAGUUUUCUUGCGAAAGUGCAAGUUCGCGAGACUCCAGCUCAAGCAAUUUCAAACAAGAAAUUGGGGGAAGUCACUCGAGAAGUCAGCACCCGUUUGAACAAAGCAUCACCAUUAAAAAGAAACCCGGUGGUCGAUAUGAGACGGUAUUUGAUGCCGUUCUUUCGCCAAGUCCUCCAUCCCCAUCGCCAAGAAACUCACCAAGAACGUCUCCCCUGACACCUCCACGUUCACCUGGGAGAAGAUCCCCCCAAACUCCAAGAAGUCCUAUCAUGAGAUUCAAGACUGGUAAAGACAAGUUCCCCGAACUCAGGAGUAGUGAAUUCGGAAGGACAAGCCCCUUCGAAGCUCUACGAUCACCAACGUUCAAUCGAAGCCCAAACUCUUCUCCGCCGUCUCCCGCGCCCGGAGUCGUUGUAACGUCACAUAGGUCGUCAAGGCGACGGUCAAGCAUUUCGUCAGCUGCUGUAGCCUUCGCAGCGGCAACUGCAGGCGCAUCUGUCUCACCCGCAGCUUCGCCUACUUCGGCCAGUCGAUUUAGGUUUGGAUUCAAUUUUCAAUUUUCUGAAAACAUGGAUGGACAUAUCGUUACGAUGAGAGUCCUAAAGAUCUUGAAGCACUGGAUUUCAAAGCAGAUUGAGGACUUCAAGACCAAUGACGAGCUGCGGAAGAAAGCAAAUGACUUUCUAAAAGAAGUCCUUGAUAGUGAUGACUCCAGUCAAGCUGAAUGCAAGGCUGCCAAGGCUUUGCUCAAAACUCUGCAAUCAGAUGAAAGUGAAGAAAGGAAAACAGCUCAGAUGCUUAUAUUGCUUCCAACAGUUUCUGAAAGGACAAAAUCCGGGUCUCCGAUUGCUGAAAAGUUCUCAACUCUUCAACUCGCAGAACAAUUAACCUAUAUCCACCACACUCUAUUGUCCAUCAUUCCAGCGAGGGAAUUUCUUGAUACCGCGUGGAUGAAAGACGACAAAGAUGUUGCGGCUCCUAAUAUUCUGCGAGUUAUCAACAAUUUCAACAUGACGAGUCGGUUGAUAGCUUCGGAUAUACUUUCAAAACAAUCAGCCUCUCUUCGGGCAGGUGCCAUUGAGAAAUGGGCUGUUGUUGCCGAUGUAUGCAGAUGCAUGCAUAAUUUCAAUGGCCUCUUGGCUGUGAUAACCUCGUUUACAAGUUCAGCGGUCUACCGGCUGAAGAAAACUUGGGAAAAAGUUUCUAAACAGACACGAAUCUUACUGGAGAAACUUCAAAGCAUCGUUUCUGCUGAAGGCCGCUUUAGGAAUAUGAGAGAGGCUUUGCGAAGUUGUGACCCGCCGUGUGUCCCCUAUCUUGGCUAUUACCUCACUGAUCUCGCAUUUAUCGAAGAAGGAACACCAAAUUUCAAUGAUGCUGGAUUGAUAAAUUUCUCGAAGAUGAGAAUGAUUGCAAAUGUCAUACAAGAGAUAAGAAGUUAUCAACAGACACCAUACAAAAUAAAACCUGAUGAAAAGGUAAUUGCGUACCUAGUUGGCAGUGAUUCUGCUACAACCGAUGAAGAACUCUACCAGCUGUCAUUGCAGUUGGAGCCGAGGAGAAGGGGCUCCAGUUCACGUUCUCAGAGGCCAGGCGUAACAUUCAUUUGACUUGCCAAUCACUUUGUCAUCAAGCAUGACCUUUAAGCCUGUGCACUUUGCAUCUUAAGAAAAAGGCUGAUGGCAGUGUAGGAAAAAGCUUGAUAUCGUGAAGAAGAUUCCCUUUUGGUAUUGAAAAGGUGGGUGGUUUUGUAGAAGCCAGUUUGUUAAUGGCAACAGGAUGAAGAAAGAAAACAAUUACAGGAUAUGGAAAGAAACUAAUUUAACAGUAUCAGAUACCGAUUUAUAAUAUCAAUUCGAUUAUGUUUUAAAUGCAGUUUUAAAACUGCGUCAUCGAGUAUUAUGCUAUCUUUGUUUCUAUAAUAAGCAACAUAACCAAGGCAAAUGGUCAGGAAUAGACUCGUGUAAAGGGAUAGGUAUGCUGAAAUUGUCCUUGAUGAAAUUGAAAUUGAAAUUGAUAUUUUCCUGUUUUAUAAUAUAUGAUUCUAUUACUAAAAAAGCUCUCUUGACCCCCCCCCUCCAUUUACCCUGUCCAGACCGCCCUUAUUUGUGCAAGGUGGGUUUUCCUUGUUUUGAAACUAAAUCACAGUGACAGUGAUUUUAUUUCUAGGCCUAACCCUGUUUACGUUGUGAUUAUCUUAAUUCGAUUACUGUUUUCGGAAGAAAAAAAGUUAAAUUGUAUACAAAAAGCAAUCUAGAUUAUGUAUUGUACUAUGUUAUCAAACGAAAGAUUGAAAAAGCAGCAACCUUCUUUGAUUUGAAAGACAUUUCAAUAUUGAUCAUUUCAAACUUUGAUUCUUAUGAAAAAAAAGUAGGCCACUUUUUAAGUAUAGCCUGGUAAUAAUGUGUCGUUUAGUUGUUUUGUUGAGUUUAUUUUGUAGUUAACAUAGGGUAUUAAAAAAGUCUAUGAACUUUCACAUAAAUUCUGGAAGGUAAUUCUCAGCCAUGCACAAACCAUGGGGGAUAAAGAGUAAAAAGUUACCUAGAAAUGAAACACGAAGAAGUACUUUUUGAAAUAACAGAAAGAAGAAUAUACCCUUGACAUACAUCUUAAAGAAGGCUUUAACAUCCAAAAUUUUUCAUCAGCUGGAGUAGAUUGACAUAUACAGUGUACAUUUUACGUUUCAAAGCAAGUUGGUAUUCUCUGUUUGGCCUAAAGUCAAAACAAAGUUUGCUGUAGGAUCAAAUGGAGCAUCAACUUCAAUGCUUGAUAUUUUAAUGUGCUCUAUAACUGUGUAUCUUAUUUUUAAAACUGCGAAAGACCAAUUUGCAACAAGUUCGCCAAGGAUGUUAGCCGAAAAUACCCUCCAAGCUACUUUUAUUGUGUUUCCAUUCAUUAAAUUCCAUUUCAUUCAUUAAGAGUAAAUUAAGCUCUUUUAACUUUUUCAAAUGUUUGUACGGGCUAUGAAAAUGAAUCAUGUACUGUAAUUCACAAGAAUGCCUUGCAAUGCUAUGUUAGUUGAAUUUUAAAUUUUGAUUAAAGACAGAUUGUAGCGUGAAGUUGGAGAACCUAGCAAGAAAUGCAAAAUGCGGUUCAGAUGAGUAGUAAAACAAGUGAAGUAAAGGUUAGAAAGGGAUUAUAUCCUAGCUGUAACAACGGCAACAAUCUCUUAAUAUAUUUCGAAACGAAAAUUCAUCUCGAAACGUUUUACUUUCUGACUCUCUGUGCUUUCACUGCCAAUAGGAAUCUGGUUGCUGAAGUUACAGUAUAUCUUGUUUAUAUUUGUCUCUAUGUCUCAGUACCAUCAUGUUCCACUUUAUGCUGACAGAUGCCCAAAAAGCGCCUGUGAAGGUGGCAUUUACUAUCCAGGUCCACAUUUCUCCUCCUUGUAAUUGUUUCUUCUCCGCCCCAAAUGUCUCAAGCCAGACUGCAUCAAAUGCUAGCUAUUCUGGCAAGGUCCAAAAACAUUCUGUUAUUCGCUAAAAAGAUACAGUCACCAACAUUUAUGUAUAUAUAACUUUCUGCCCCAACACAGACUUGCGGUGCUCUGUCGCUCAAAAGGUCUUGUUGAGAAUGUGCACACAUUACAUUUGGUUACCUUUGCAUUCUCGUUCAUAGCAAUAUAUUGUUAUAUUUCUUCUAAUAAUAUUUAUAUUUGAUAAAGUACUCCCUACUGUUAAAAUCAAUUAUUUUCAUAAGGUUAUGGCUCAGGUAAGUGUUUGCAAAAAAACGUAUGACCAUACUUGAAGAGAAAGCUUAAGGUGAAGACAGAACUUGAGUUUAAGGUUUAGUCAGAACUUAAGUUAAAGAUUAAGGCGAAUGUCUAUGGAUAGGGCAAAACUUAAGCUCAAGAUGAAGACAAAUUUUAGUAUGAGGUCGAGACAAAACUUGAGUUGAGGGUAUAGAGGUGAGUUGAAAUCCAUUUCCACCAUUAAGAUUUUUCAACGAAAGAACCACACGUGACUCGGUUAUUUUGAGACAGGCUUUAUUUUUAAUUUGUCCGGAAAACCAUAUGUUCAAAAGCCAAUAGAACAUUUUAAGAAUAUCUUGAUGUGUGAUAGAGUAAGUACGUGAAUGAUAUUUGACUGCCAUUAAAAACGUUAAUAGUAAGGCAAGUUUCAAUUUCUUAUCAAUGAGAUUUUUGCUGUGGCUUCAAACAGGGCUGAGCCCCAAAGUCCCUAAAGAAUCUUGUUGAAAAUUUUGUCAGUCAUUUUCACAUCAUAGGUAUAGCAUAUUAUAGCUUUUCUUGGCAGUUUGAUUGUUCAAUGCAAUGAUCUACGAUGAUAUCGUUGUCAGCUUUGCUGCAACACGAAAACAUUUUCUUAUUUGACUAAACUUUGAUGUCAUCUUUGUGUUGAUUCUGUUGACGUCAACUUCACUGUUAUCAGUUGUUAGUACUGGAAUCGGGUCCAAAACACCAGUUGGAACUUGUUCUCAAAACUGUCAUGCAGUGACCCGGCACCGCUCAUCAGUGUAAAAGUGGGUUGGCCAAGCCCUUUAGAAACCCGGAAAAUAUCCCGUUUAGAAAACACUUGCUUCUUUUCAUAUAUUAUUUUUUAAAGAUAAGACACCAAAAAUGAGUCAAAAAGGCAAGAAGAACUGCUGCUACUGGAUUCGUUAGAGUAAACUUUCUAAAGCUGCAAUAGAGUAAGCUUUCUAAAAAAUUCUAACCUAUUAUUGCAAAAAAGAAGGGGGCUAUAGCGCGCGGUGCCUGGCAGUGCCAAUGAGCUUUCAUAUCGGUAAAUAGUUUUAUAAUCACGCCCUAAUAACCAUGUCACUUCAAUUGCGUCGUUUGCUUUGGAAAGGUCUGAAUUUAAAACCCUGCUAACUUAAAAAAAUAUAUUAAAACAUUUUCUUUAG